AUGAUGUCACUGGAGGUGGUUGAUGGUGGGGGCGGGGGGCAGGGCCACCGUGUAUAUAUCAUCAACGCAGAAGGCCGGCUGGUUGCUUCAGGCGAGCAAGGGCAAGUGGAAGACGUCGUGGUGGUGUCGAGCCUUGAAAAACUGUCCCCCUCCUCACGUCUCCCAAGAUGAUGCGUCCGGCGGUCGUGGCCGCGCUGCUGACUGCCGUGGCCGGCAGCAUCAUGUGCCCCGACGGACAGCAGUGCCCCGACGGCAACACGUGCUGCUUGUCCGCCGAGCAGGGAUACGGCUGCUGCCCCCUGCCCGCGGCCGUGUGCUGCUCGGACGGGCUGCACUGCUGCCCUUCGGGGACCGUUUGCGAUUUGGCCCACGGGAUGUGCCAGAAGGGGAAAAUAUCCGUGCCCUGGCUGGAGAAGACGCCGACGUUUACGCCACGAAAUAAGCAGUGUCCGGACGGGACGUCGUGUGGGGACGACGCCACCUGCUGCCCGUUGGCCUCGGGACAAUACGGCUGCUGCUCCCUGGAGGACGCUGUCUGCUGCAGCGACUACCUGCACUGCUGCCCAAAAAACACGAUGUGUGACUUGAAGCUUGGAAAGUGCGUUCACGGCAAGUUGUCCAUUCCGUGGGUGAGCAAGUACCCUUCCAAGCAGGCGGCUUCUGACGUGCAGUGCGAUGCCUUCACCAGCUGCUCCGAUCAGAACACCUGUUGCAUACUCCCGUCAGGCCAAUGGGGCUGCUGCCCUCUUCCAAAGGCCGUGUGCUGCGACGAUAAGGAGCACUGCUGCCCAGAAGGCACGAUAUGCAACGUGACGUCGCAGACGUGCAACCAUGCCGCCCUCAGCCUGCCCUGGAGCACCAAGACGCCGGCCCUCAGAAUGACGGGAGAGCCCAACGAUGUGCAGUGCGACGAUCUGGUCGGCUGUCCCGACGGGAACACCUGCUGCAAGACGCCGGGGGGAGACUGGGCCUGCUGCCCUCUUGUGAAGGCCGUGUGCUGCGACGACCACGAGCACUGCUGCCCGCAAGGCACCACGUGUAACCUGCCGGCGCAGACGUGCGAUCAAGGCACCCUCAGCCUCCCCUGGAGCACCAAGACGCCGGCCCUCAGAGUGGCGGGAGAGCCCAACGUCGUGAUUUGUGACGAUCAGUCCAGCUGUCCGGACGGGAACACGUGCUGCAAGACGCCGGGGGGAGACUGGGCCUGCUGCCCUCUUGUGAAGGCCGUGUGCUGCGACGACCACGAGCACUGCUGCCCGCAAGGCACCACGUGUAACCUGCCGGCGCAGACGUGCGAUCAAGGCACCCUCAGCCUCCCCUGGAGCACCAAGACGCCGGCCCUCAGAGUGGCGGGAGAGCCCAACGUCGUGAUUUGUGACGAUCAGUCCAGCUGUCCCGACGGGAACACGUGCUGCAAGAUGCCCAGCGGAGAUUGGGGCUGCUGCCCUCUGCCAAAGGCCGUGUGCUGCGACGACCACCAGCACUGCUGCCCGGAAGGCACCACGUGUAACCUGCCAGUUGAACGCUGCGACAAAGGCACCCUCAGCCUGCCCUGGAGCACCAAGACUCCGGCCCUCAGAGUGGCGGGAGAGCCGAACGUCGUGAUUUGUGACGAUCAGUUCAGCUGUCCCGACGGGAACACGUGCUGCAAGUUGCCGAGCGGAGACUGGGGCUGCUGCCCUCUUGUGAAGGCCGUGUGCUGCGACGACCACGAGCACUGCUGCCCGCAAGGCACCACGUGUAACCUGCCGGCGCAGACGUGCGAUCAAGGCACCCUCAGCCUGCCCUGGAGCACCAAGACGCCGGCCCUCAGAGUGGCGGGAGAGCCCAACGUCGUGAUUUGUGACGAUCAGUUCAGCUGUCCUGACGGGGACACGUGCUGCAAGAUGCCCAGCGGAGAUUGGGGCUGCUGCCCUCUCGUGAAGGCCGUGUGCUGCGACGACCACGAGCACUGCUGCCCGCAAGGCACCACGUGUAACCUGCCGGCGCAGACGUGCGACAAAGGUGCCCUCAGCCUGCCCUGGAGCACCAAGACGCCGGCCCUCAGAGUGGCGGGAGAGCCCAACGAUGUGAAGUGCGACGAUCAGGUCAGCUGUCCUGACCAAACCACGUGCUGCAAGACGGGAACCGGAGACUGGGGCUGCUGCCCUCUCGUGAAGGCCGUCUGCUGCGACGACCACGAGCACUGCUGCCCCGAAGGCACGACGUGCAAUGUGCCGGCGGGCUCGUGCGACCAGGGGCAGCUCUCCCUGCCCUGGAGCUCCAAGACUCCGGCCAGGACGCGUCUCACCGCGCUGCUGCCCGCGUCUGCCGCGGCGCGCGGGGGCAGCGUGCGGUGCGACUCGGCCUACGCCUGCCCCGACGGCACCACCUGCUGCCAGCUCCCGCAGGGGCAGUGGGGCUGCUGCCCCUUACCGCUGGCCACCUGCUGCAGCGACUUUGUGCACUGCUGCCCGAGCGGUUACACGUGUGACCUGGCACAGGCGAGCUGCAUCAAGAAGCCCCAUUUCCUCACCUGGGCCCCCAAAGCCCCUGCCAAGGCCAGGCCCGCUCAGGUCUUUGACCUGCUGUAAUGCCCACCGAAUCGGGCGAGCGUGCGUAGUCUGUUCGCACGGAGAGCGUUGUCUGUUGUGUGCUUGGCAGAUGCAUUCCGACCACGGGAGGCAAUCUCGUGUCUGGCAAAAGAAGUGUGCGUUGCUGUCGGAGUGUGGCUCCUGAAUUGUCUUUGUGUUCGCUAGCUUGAUUUGAUGGUGAAGGGUUGUUUGUGUGUGGAGCGUUUUGUGAGCGGGUGUGUGAUGUCCGUACCGCUAACACCUUGUACAAUCAAAAACCUAUUUGGCUGUACAGAAAAAUCACGAUGAUUAUUUGAGAAAAAAAAAUGUGUGUGAGGUUUUAUAGCACAAAUGUGUUAUUUUAAUGUUUACAAUUUUUAAAAAGCCUGCUAAUUGGUUUUUUUUUUAAAUAGCAUGAGCAACCCGUGCACGUCCUUACGGCGUGACCAUCUCUCCCAGCCAGCCAGCAAAACUUUUUAUCUUCCAUAGAGCCCUGUCUCUCUCCACCUGUCUCUUGUUGUCUGUGCCGUACAUCCCAACGUAUAUCCCGAUUCCUCUAUCCCUGUCCCCUCCUUUACCUCUCCCUUCCUGUCUGUUCUUCUCUUCCAUCCACUGUCCCACCCACUUCCACCCCCCCAUCUCUCCCUAUUUCUCUCACCUCUCACUCUCCUUAUUCCCACCUCUCCCCUUCUCAUCUCAAUCUCUCUCUUGCCUCUCCCUAAUCCUCCCUCCCACUGCUUGUCCCAUUCCCUCACUCUUUGUUUUUAGCUCUCUGUCCAUUUCACGCCCGCUCACUCUUCCCCCCCCUCGUCCUUCUACUCGCUCUACACCUCUCCGUCUCUUCCUCCCUCCGCUAUCUCCCUCCCCACUUCUCUGUUUCUCUCCUCUAUCACAUUUGCGCUGGACGCACGGCCGGGGUGGAGGGUGGCGGGGAGGCUUGAAGUCAGCGCGGCGCACGAACCGGCUCAAAGCCGCGGGGAUGCGGGUGACGUCAUCGCGCAGAUGUGCGCAGUGACGUCGCCACCACGCGUGGCACUUGCGCCAGGAUGCCAGCCAGCAAAACUUUUUCUAAUCUAGUAUGAUUGUGAACAUAAGUAUGGCGUACAAUGGUUGUCUACACGUUCUGCUGAUGAACAACAUUGCGCUAAUAUUCUUAAUCAAAUAAUUAACAUGCUUUGAUAAUAAACAUCUGUGCUAUGCCACAUCCUGGAAGUAGACUGCAUUUAAAAAUAGGACUAGGCCCUGGAAGGCAAAAACAUCAUCAAAACAUUGCAGCAUUGGUAAUGUAAAAAAAAUACAAACUUUAUUGAACGUUAAUUUCUGCAGGUAAGUUAUGCUUGUGUAAGCGCAAUGGCUGCGACCUAUGAGCCGCGACGAGAUUGAAGAGUUGUUGUUUGGAGGAAUUCCGUGAUUCUGAAGAGGUUCCCUACACUGGAGGAUUUAGACGAAUAAACAUUUGUUGCACACAGAA